AUGCCUUCCCAACACGUUGGAGAUAUCCAGACAGACAUUAAUAGAAUCAAACAGGACCAAACGUAUUUAUUUGUGGAUAGAAAUUUUCAAGAUUCUAUCAUCGAGUACUUUCAAUUCUUACGCAGAGAGGCGAUUCUCUGCGAUGUGACGCUGCGAAUUGGAAGUUUGAAAUUUUCGUGCCAUCGUAAUAUCCUCGGCGUUGCGAGUCCGUAUUUCCGAUCCCUGUUCAUAGACAACGAAAGCGGUCGAUUCAUUAAGCACGUGGAUCUUCCUCAAGAGAUCGAGCGUUCCACUAUGGAGGCAUUACUUGGUUACAUGUAUGGAGGACGAAUUUUUAUCAACAUCGGCAACGCUAUCGACAUUUUCAAGGCUGCAAUCUUCUUCAAGCUACAAAGCUUGAUCGAGGAAUGUUCCUACGUUCUUGCGAGUUUUUUAACGCCUGACAAUUGUUUGAAAGUGCAGGAAAUUUCGCUUACUCAUGGACAAGAAAAGCUUCAUCAGCGGUGCCACAGAUUUCUGUGUGAAAAUUUUGUCAAAGUCGCGGAAACAUCACAGUUUUUGGAGCUACAUCAAGAUGAACUAGAGAGCAUAUUGUCCAACAGUGAUAUUUGCACAACUGGUGAGCAACAGGUAGCAAGGCGACUCGUGUUCGACAGUUUAGUUAGAUGGACAGACUAUGAUCGUAAAGACAGAGGCAUCCAUUUUGCCAAAUUACUCCAGCACGUUCGUCUUGCUCUCCUUCCUCCCAGCAUCCUAAUGGAGCACGUCGAACGACAACAGUUGGUGCAGCGUUCACCAACAGCGAAGGAGAUGGUUUUGGAAGCCUUGCGAUUCAAUUCAGCGCAAGAUGAGAACAUCAGAAAGACCUUGAGCAGCCCGCGGACGUUGCCAAGAACAUAUUCAACAUUAGUCGACGUGAUUUUAUUUGUUGGAGGUAAAGGGCGAAACCCAGAGGAAGGUCGUUUGACGUUCUGUUACGAGCCUAUCGGUAAUCAGUGGUAUACUUUAGCGCCUUUGAAGACUCAGCUGUUCGAUCAUUCAGUGGCCUCCGUUGAUGGAUUUGUGUACGCAUGCGCUGGGUCUGUAGAAGGUCAGGCUUCCCUGCUUCUUCAAGAUAUGGUGCAAUGCUAUGAUCCGCACCACAAUUACUGGGACUAUGUGAACUCAAUGCAAGAACCAAGGGCAAAGUCUGCUGCGGCGGAACAUGACAAACUGCUGUAUGUCUCAGGUGGAAUUAUAAAUGGUUCUCAAGGCAACUCGUUUGAGGUCUACAACCCUAUCAGCGACAAAUGGCAAUCUCUUUCCCCUCCCACAAUCCCGCGAAGUCGUCACGCAAUGGUUGCCACAGAAACGCAUAUUUACGUAAUCGGUGGUGAAGGGCAGGGAAUCGAGCCCGAGAUAAGCAUGGAGCGAUACGAUCCAGCGGUUAACCUCUGGAGCUUUGUACUGCCGAUGAAUUGUGGGAAAGUCGGGGCGUGUGUUGUGGAGGUUGAGGGUAAAAUUUAUGUCAUGGGUGGAUAUAACGGUUACACAACGCUCCGCCAGUGUGAGGUGUAUGAUGUACAGACGCAUCAGUGGAAUAUGGCUAAAGACAUGACUGAGUUUCGCCAAGAUGCCGAGGCUGUUGUUUUGAAUACCAAGAUCUACGUUAUUGGUGGACGAGACUACAAAGGAGAACGGGAACUAUAUUCUCUAGAAUGCUUCGACAUACUUACGGGAGAAUGGACCCGAUUGACGUCAGUUCCGAUUGCAAGAGAAGGCUUCCGGUGUGUGUCAUGUAGAGUGAGUCGCGAUCACCUCGCUCCAUUAAAACUCAAGUGAUUUACUGUGAUCAAAAGGCGAAAUGAUCGUAACUUUCUUUUAAGUUUUUGAGCAUGUGUUUCUUUCUUUCUUUUUUUUUCUUUCUUCUUCUUCUUCUUCUUCUUUUUUUUUGUUUUUCUUUUGCUUUUGCUUUACAUAAAUUUGUUUGUUCCCUGAAAAAAGUUCAGGUAAAGACAUCUCUAGAUAUUGGGAAAAUUAAUGACGAAUGUCUCUGCGAUGGCAACACCUGUUUUUUUUUUUUAAGAUACCCCCCAAAAAUAUUUUUGUGGUCUUCUAUUUCCAUUUCUUCUAUUUCUUCUAUUUCAUUUUCUAUUAUACUUUUCAAAUUAGAAGUUAUCAAAUAUGGAAUAAAAAUUGUCGCAAACGUUAUGUUUAAGCAUUCUACUGGCGCUUCUUACCCUGAACUGACUCUAAAUAGCAAUUAACGAAUAAUAGCAGUAUAUUCAUAAUCAAUACUCAGCCCCUUGGUUUCUACUAAGUUGCAGAAGUCCUAUUCUAGGUUUCUUCUCAAUAUAUCUUCUGCCA